CCGAUUCGACAAUCGCAAGCCGGCUGUGGCUGACGCGUCCGCCUUCACCGCUUUCCGAGCCCUUGCAGCAAUCUGGAGAAACAAGUGCCUCGCGGCCGCGUUUCAGUUGCACCCACCGCUUCUUUCUGCGAGGAUUCGAAUACCCCGCUAGUUGGGCUUCAACCUCACCUCCAGCUCGAGGUUCACAAUAAAAAAAAAAAUCUCCACAGCAUAGCAGUAGCAGCUUUCAGUAGCUACGUCUCCCACGACCAUGAACACCGACCCCACCACCAACACGCCCCUCCCCGCCGACGCCAUCCAACGCAUCCUCUUCAUCGCGCCCAAAGUCCACGUCUACAACAUCCCGCCGCUGACCUCGACCACGGGCUACAAAGCCGCCGCGUGGACCGAGAACAACAACGCGCGCCAGAUCUUCACCGCCCGCCUGCGCAUCCUCGAGAUCGCCAUCCCCCUCCCCUCCGCUUCCCCGGCGACCGCCGAGCCCCAGGAGAAAGUCACAACCACGCUCCUCCUCGAGGACCCGGCCACCGGCGCGCUGUUCGCCGCAUGCCCGUACACGAGCCCCGCGACGGUCAGCCAGGCGAUCGACAGCUCGCGCUUCUUUGCGCUCGUGGUGGUGGGGGACGGCGGGCGCAAGGCGACGCUGGGGAUUGGGUUUGAGGAGCGCAGCGAGGCGUUUGAUUUCAGUAUCAGCCUGCAGGAUGCGCGGAGGGUGCUGGGGAUGGAGAACCCGGGCGCCGCGGCGACGCCGGGGGGCAAGGGUGGGAAGAAGGGACGGAAGGAGGAGGGUGGGGAGGGGGAGAAGCGGGAUUUUAGCCUGAAGGAGGGGGAGACGAUUACGGUGAAUAUUGGGGGGAGGGGACGGAGGGCGGGAGGGGGUGGGAGUGGAACUGGGGCGGGGUCAGAGCAGGGAGGGGAGGAGAGGGAGAAGGAGGCGUUGUUUUCGAUCAAGCCGCCCCCGGGGAGUGGGAGUGCGGGUGGGUUGGGAGGAGGGGGAGGGGGUGGUGGGAUGCCGUUUUUGCCGCCGCCGCCGAGCGCGAGGGAGGUGAAGGAGGAGAGGAGGCGGAGUAGGCAGGCGGCAGAGAUGACGCCGAAGGACUUAGGGUUUGACGAUGGGGAAUUUGGGGAGUUUCAGUAG